AACGAAGUUAAUUGCAACUUUUCACAAAAACAAAACAAAUGGCUGCCGAGUGCCUUGGUGCCCCGUUUUUCCAGUACAGAUUUCCCGAUGUUGUAUCAAUACAACCUCAAAGAAACGAUGUCGUUUGGGUGAAUAAACGAUACACUCCCACGGAUCUUAGAAGUACGACCCCUGUCCAACGAUGGAAAUUUAUAGGUAUGCAAAAUUGAAUUUUAAGUACCGAGUAUAAACUACAUGGAAACGGCUUGUAUUGUUUUAAUAGUGCGACUGGUCGGUCUACAAGCUGUUAAAAAACAUUAAAAGCUCAGGAAAUAUUGCCAAGUCCCACAUUUGGCUUGCCCACACGUAUUAAAACGCACAAGUUGUAACAAGUCUGCAAACAAGUUGUUACAAAUCAGUUCACAAGCUGUCGACAAAGUUGUGUUCCCACUGCUUGUUCCCAGUUGUUGCAAAAAGUUUGGAACAAGUUGUUAACAACUUGUAACAAGCUUGAUGGUAUUAUCAGACUUGUUACAAGGUUGUUCUAACAAGUCUGAUACAGUCAUGGUAUAACAAGAAUGUUACUAGAUUGACGACACAAAGUUGUAGGCGAUACUGUUGUAUCAUGACCGUAUCAACUUUGUUGAAACUACCUUGCAACAAGUCUGAUGAUAUCAACAACAUUGUUACAAGUUGUUCCAAACUUGUUGACAACUUGGGACAAGUAGUGCAAACAGAACUUGUUCACAGAUUUGCUACAAGAUGUGAUAUUUUCACAUGUGUAUAAGCAGGCAACCCAUAUGAACACUGCUAGCAAAAAAAAACCUUCAAAAUUCCACAGCAAAUUCCUGUUACAACAUAAUGGACUUGUUAUAUAUAAUUAUUGCUGUUAUUACAGUGCGUCCAAUACCCGAAAACUUGAAUAACAUCCCAAUAGCCUGGCGUUACCAAGUGGAUGCACCAUCAGAAUUACGUGCCCGUGACAGAGAAGAGUUGAGGUUGCUUCCUUAUUCUCAUGCAACCCGAUGCGAGGAAUGGUCAACACUAAGACAGACGCUGCCUUCAAGAGGGUACAUGAAUAAACGUGCAUCCCCUAGGUGGGGAACAGGGCCCCCGCAUAAAAGUUUGGACUACAAGAAAGAAGCACCAAGUCGGUUUCCACACAUUAACAGUCCGAUGACCAGGUAAAAUUUGUUAUAUUGGUAAUGUAUGUUUUUUCGAAGGAAUUGUCAAACAACAGAGGUAAGCUCCAUAAUCAUGGCUUACUUUGCCAAAAUCAUAAGCUCUGCCAAACUUCCCAACGAAGGGGCAUCGCUCAAAACGUCUAAGCUGUCUUUGUAUUUUUCAGGUAGUUGUAUCCCUACAAUCCGACACUUUCCUUAUCACUGUGAAGUGCCCAGUCUAACUGAUGUUUUGAAACCAUUAAUGCUAAGACUCCUCUUGACCAGUAAAAUUGGUCUGGUGUUAGACAGUGUAAAUAAUAAAGUUGGCACAUUACCCUUUAAGUGGCAAUGCACCCUAUACUCUAAUGCCAGAUGAUUUUAUUGGCCAAGGGAAGGGUGCUAUCACUCAACAGGUUAACCAUUUAGUGUACAAGAAUCUUCCCUUGUCGUGUAAAAUUGUCUGGCAUUAGACAGAGUAAAUGUGCAUUUCAGCUUAUUGGGUUAAAACACAACUCCCAUAUAAUGAUAUAAACAUGCCCUUAGAUUUAAUUUAUAACCAUCUAAAAUGAAUAUAUAUUUUUUAUUUUCAGAUAUGUCGAUGACAUGCAUGUAAACCACAGUAUGUUCAAACUUCAUUAGACGCAAUCUGCACAACUUUUUUAAAAAUAGAUUUUAAUAUCAUAAUUUAUUUAUGUAGUUAAUAUACUCUAGUUAUAACACAUGUGUGUACAUCUAUGUGAAAUAUAUUGUCAAAGUGGAUAAUACCAGAAAUUUUAACAUGUGAAGAUAGUACAUGUUUUAUGUAGUGGAUAUGUUAUACAAAACGCAACAUUGAAAUAACAUGGUACUGUAAUUUACUCCACAUGAUUUCAUGGAAGAUUUUGCCAUAACUAGCACAGUUAGAGCAUUAUUUGGAGAAUAUCAAUAUGUAUACUACCAAACACAUACUAUAGCUAAUCCCUCCCUUUCUUUGUGGAGUAAAAUUGUUCAGAGUAAGAUAAUAGGAAAUUUCAGACAUGACUUCAACUGCUGCUACAUCUACCAUUAAGAAACCGUUGACCUAUCAGAUGCGUUUCAAUAUCCAAUUAACCAAACAGAUGUGUAUUAAUAUGAACAAGCUUUCAUUGGCAGUGAUGGAACCACCAGAAAAAUACAAGGAGAAUUUCAAAGUUUCGAGCGAAGGCCCUUAUAUUUUUCAGGUAGUUGCAUCCCUACCAA